AUUAAUAAUGUGUGGGUCCGCCAGAGAAUUGAACUAAAUUGAACUAAAAAUUGAAAUAAUUGAACGGUAGAAAUUGUCAAGAAGAAUGUGUUUGUUGAAGCUUGACUUAUACCUAAUUGGCUAAAACAAAAAGUCAAAGAGAAAGUAUAUUAUUUAGCCAAUCAUAAGUCUAGGUUUGGCUCUUCAUUUAACAAAAUUUCACCGAACACUGAUCUGUGAUACAAAAACUCAAAAAAGUCAAGCUGUCAAAAUAGAUCUUGGAAUUUAAUAAAUUAUUAAUCUAUUUAAUUGAUUAGUUAGGAAAAUGAUUAAACUUUUUUCAUUAAAACAACAGAAAAAAGAUGAAGAGGGUUCUACCAGAGGAGGAGGAUCACAAAAAAAAGCAUCAGCAGCCCAAUUACGAAUUACAAAAGAUUUGAAUGAAUUGAAUCUACCGAAAACAUGCAACACAGAAUUCCCUGAUCCGGAUGACCUAUUGAAUUUUAAAUUGAUUAUAUGCCCAGAUGAAGGAUUUUAUAGAGGAGGAAAAUUUGUAUUUAGCUUUAAGGUAGGACCAAAUUAUCCUCACGAGCCGCCCAAAGUCAAAUGUGAAACAGCAGUUUAUCAUCCUAACAUAGACCUCGAAGGCAACGUGUGCCUGAAUAUACUCAGGGAAGAUUGGAAACCUGUUCUCACAGUUAACUCCAUAGUGUACGGUCUCCAGUAUUUAUUCUUGGAACCAAACCCUGAAGAUCCCCUCAACAAGGAAGCAGCGGACGAGCUCCAAAGCAACAGGCGACUUUUCGAACAACACGUUCAGAGAGCUAUGCGAGGCGGCUACGUCGGCACAUCUUAUUUCGAACGAUGCCUCAAAUGAAAACCUGCACACGUGUAAAAAAUGCUAACAACCAUAUAAAUAAUAAUAAAAUCUCAUUUUAAUGUUUUUCUAUUGUUUCGUUUUUAUUUAUUUAAUAUUGUUUUUAAAAAAAGCCAUCUCUAAUGCCAUGCCCAACAAGAUAUCUAAAGUACAAUUAUUAUAUUGA